UGGCUUUUCCUUUUGCUUUUCUGCCUGCACUUCGGCUGCUGCGCUUUUCCGGUUAAUCGUAUAUGCUGUGCACCGCCUGAAGACUGCAACUUGCAACCUGCAACCAUCGCCAGCCAGCUUGCAACUUGGCGGCAUCUUUUCGUAUAUAAGCCCGGCCUGGCAGCGGUGUCAUGUCAGUUGUGGAUUCGCCGCGUUCCCAGAGCGCACUCAACAAUUUAAACCAAGCCCAGCGUUCCAAGACAUGAAAGCCUUUGUGUGCCUUUUGAUUAUUGGAGUGGCCAGUGUGUCGGCCAAACCGAAGCCAGGUGGCGGCGGUGGCUGGUCUUCUGGCGGCGGAGGAGGAGGAGGCGGUGGCUGGUCCUCAGGCGGCGGUGGCGGUCAUGGUGGAGGCGGCGGUGGCGAUGUCCAGAUCAUUAAAGUGAUUACGGAAAGCGGAGGAGGUGGAGGCGGUGGAGGCUGGUCGUCAGGAGGAGGAGGAGGCGGUGGCUGGUCGGGCGGUGGAGGAGGCGGCGGUGGCUGGUCCUCUGGCGGUGGUGGAGGAGGACAUGGCGGCGGCGGCGGUGGUGGAGACGUCAAGCUCAUCAAGAUCAUCAGCCUGGGCGGCGGAGGAGGAGGAGGUGGUCAUGGAGGAGGCGGCGGCGGCGGCUGGUCUUCCGGCGGCGGUGGAGGCGGUGGCUGGUCCGGCGGCGGCGGAGGUGGAGGCCAUGGAGGCGGCGGCACCAAGGUCAUCAAGAUCAUCAAGCUCAGUUCCGGCGGUGGACAUGGCGGUGGCGGCGGCGGCGGCUGGUCCUCCGGCGGCGGAGGUGGCGGCGGUGGCUGGCAGCCGGCCGGUGGCUGGGCCUAAGCCACUGAGAGAAAAUACGAAAACAAAAACUUGUAAAUACUGUACAUAAUCGAAAGAUGUUUUUUUUUUGCUUGUUUUUUGUUACUCAGCCCCCAAGAACUGUUACAGAAUUUUACAAAAAUCGCCUGCCUGGUAAAUUAAUUUUAAUUUUAAUUAAAUUUUAACAUUUUCCAGGCACAUAUUUUGUACGAUUUUAUAUUUUUUAUUUUUCGCUAAAGGCGGCCGAGACAAUA